AUGUAUGAAGCUGCCUCUGGUCAAAUGGUGAAUAAGGGUAAGGCAACCCUAUUCUUUAGUAGAAAUACAAAUGAUGCCACAAAAGAAGUAAUCAAAGUCUCCCUUGGUCUCUUGGCUAUCCAACACUAUGAGAAGUACUUGGGGCUACCUUCCUUUGUUGGGAGGAAUAAGAAGGCUUGCUUUACUCACUUCAAGGAAAGGAUAUGGUCAAAAAUGCAAGGAUGGAAAGAGAAGUUGCUUUCUCAAGUGGGCAAAGAAGUUAUGAUAAAAGCAGUGAUCCAAUCAAUCCCGGCCUACUCAAUGAAUGUGUUCACAUUACCGGUUAGUCUUUGUAAGGAUAUUGAGGCUAUGAUCUGGAAAUUUUGGUGGGGUAGUGGCAAAGGAAAGAAGAUUCAUUGGGUAAAAUGGAGUACGCUAUGUUCUUCAAAAUCUAUUGGAGGUAUGGGGUUCCAUGAUAUAAAUAAUUUCAAUGAUGCCAUGCUUGCGAAGUAG